AAAGUGAGUGUGACAGGUACAUGCAUUGACAGAUAUCCGCAGGCAGAAUGUACAAAUCCUUUGAAUUUGCACAUGAGUAUUAAAUGAUCCGCUUUUAUUGUUAUUGGACCCAAGUCAAUAAGCAGAUCUCUCAUUACCAACAAAUAGGUUGCGCAACAUUACUUUAACAAGUAUUGAACAAGUUCUGCAAACGCUGUUUUAACAACAUUGAAUGAGAAGAGGUUAUCAAUGUGAGAUGAUGUAAAACUGCUAAUUUAAUGUGGCUGAAUGCAUUGCAGUUAAUUGCUGUUGGUUAUCAAAACACCUCAAAUCAGAAAUACUGCGUAAUGUGUUGAUGUGCAGCCAGCAGCCUGCAUAAACCUCAGUGCGUGCAUGCAAAGUGAUUGACAGCUAUUAUGCGGCCUGAGAGAUUAAGUUGUCAAGAAGAUUUAUUCGUUUUUUUUCCUAAAUGUUAUGGUUCUAGCAAAUUCCUUAAGAUCGACACUUGAAACAAAGCAUAUUGUCAAUAUAUACAAAAAGAAUAAAUGCAAAGGUCAACAGUUUAAAAACAUAAGAGUGGUUUUGUGUUUCAUAGAUCAUGACUAAACAUAAUAAUUUGAAGAGUUUGAUUCCAAAAUGAGAUAACUUUGUUUUUAAAAUCUUUCAAAAAUCAUGUUUUUUUUUGUGCACUCCAAUUAAUAUCAAUCAAAGGCAGUUGUUUUGUUUUGAUUUAAGCCAUAAUAACUAAAAAAAUACAGCUAACUAACACAAGAAAACGCAAUAAAAACAUGAUUUUAGAAAAUAUAUAACGGAGUUAUCUCAUUUUGGAACCAAACUCUUGAUUUGUAGCAGCAUGUUUUUCUAGUGUUAGAAAAGCUUGAAUGCUAUGCAGUCAUUAUAAUCUCAGUUGGGUUUACACAUGCCAAAUGGGCGGGGGGGUCUGAAAUACCGUUUUUGUGGAUCAAGCAUAGCUUCAGAGGUUUCUUCUCCAUGUUUCUCACUGAAGAAGAAUAACGCUCUGGUUUAAUGGACACAGGCUACUGUACAGGCAGGCUGUGGAAUGAAACCUGGACGCUGGGCUUAAUAAAGCCUGUUUGAAAAGUUCUGUUGAUGUGCUCUCUUUAUAGCUUCAGAACUGUGGCGUUUAUUGACAUUAAUGUCAUGUUGUCAUUGAGUUGGCCUGACUCUGAAUGUAGACAUACAGGCAUGAGCUAAGCAUGUGAAUGAUGCUGAAAUUCCUUGUCACGUGCCAGAAACAGCUGCAAAUAAGAGUCUAAAGUAAAAACAUCGGAACUCGCAGAUGAGAUGAGAACAGAAGUCAUUUUUUAAAGUUAAAAUACUUCCUCCAAGCCUUGUUUAAUGUGAAGGUAAUAUUAAACGCAUUUUCAAGAUUGCUCAGUUUAUUUACGUAGCGACAUUGGCCUUUUUUUGGGUGGGGCUGUUUGUCACAUUGAUACAUCUAUACAUAUGCCUCGCUCCUAUACGUAAAUCAUCUGCAUUAUUGAACGGUCAAAGGCGUUGCAUGAUUUUUAUUGUGAGUGACGACAGCAACUGAAAUGUUGACCAUUUCAAGUUUGGAUGUGUCGAGUCCUUGACUUGUCUCAAGUGGUCAAUUAUGGCAUCUACCCAUAUUUGUCUAUGGUUCAGACUAGAGGAUUGUUCUGGGGAUCACUGUUCAUUUUUUACUUUUGCAAUUUGGUGCCACUAUUUUAAUGCCCAUUUUUAGGAAGGACAUUUUUCAAGUAUUCAGGUUGAUUAUGUCCGAAAUAAUAUCUGACUGGAAUAGAAUAAACAUACUGUAAUAUUCUUUGCAGUUUUCUUCAUUAUUUAAAAAAAUUCAAGAUUUAAAUGGUUUUAGAAAGAUUUACUUGACAGUAAAUCAGAGACAGAACUGAAUGUGUGUGUUUUUGUGAGUAAAUUCUUGUUUAUGACAUCUUUCCUUAAGGGAAACUGUGUUUGAGAGAACUGGACCGUGGCCCAUCAGACCAGCCAGACUGCAGACAAACCAUUAGACUGCAAAUAAUUAAACACUUGAAAAGCAGCAACAGUGAUUCAGAAUUAGCGAUGACGACAGAUGUGAAAUGGUGUUUGAGAGAUAGACGAAAUAAUAAGAUAUGGGCGUGUGAGCUGAGAGAGAGAACAUGAAGUCUUGUACGCGAGCUGCGUAGGGUGUGUCAGCGUUUAUCUAUGGAAUGCAAAAUGAUUCAAUUUUUUAUUUGAAUUAUCUUUGCAUCUUUCUGUCAGACGUCUUUUCUGGGUAUGUUCCAGUUUUGAAGAUUACUCUGAACGUAUGUCUCUUAUGAUCUUGAAUACCUCAAGACGUAGUUAAAAUGCUUAGUUAAUUUUUUUGUCAAAAAUCAGCUCGUUUUAUCUUUAUAAAAACAUUCUAGGGGGCUCCUAAAAAAGUAGAUCAUGAAGAAUGUACACAACCUUCUUUAAAUUCAGCGUUGAAAUAUGAAAUUUAAGAUUAAUAUUAAAGCAUUUUUUGGUCACUAAAUUGUUUCCGAACUUUUGUUUGUGUUAUUUUAUAUGAUUAACAGUUAUUCUAAAAGGUGAAAGUAAUCAUAAUGAAGAAUGAAGAGGUGUCCAAACUUUCAACUGGCAGUUUAUGUAUUUAAGUGUGCUUUGCAUACAUGUUUUAUGUUACAUGUCAAUCUUCAAAUCUUUCUGACACGGUUGAUGUGUUCUUUUCACUGUACUCGAGUGCAAGUGUGUUAGGUGUGCAGGUUCACCCUCCGGCUGUUGUACUUUCUUUGAUGUCACACAUGUCCCCCUCCGCUCGGCAUGUAGGAAAGAAACAUUUAAGCGCUGAUGGUUUUUUACAUUCACACCACACACACAAAGAGAGGAAAAAGCAAAACAUAAAUUUUACCAAGUUUUUUUAACUUGUAUACAUGUAAGGUGCAUGAUAUGGCCUCCAAGCACAUUUGAAAAACAACACUAAAAAAUAACACUACAUUUCUCAAAAUUAUGGGUCCGGAUUCCCGGACACUUUUAAACCAGGACUAGGCCUUAGUUAAAUUAAGAUACAUUUUAAGAUAUGAGUUGUUGUCGAUCAAGACCUCUAGUUAGUCUGGGGCUUAAGCCUUGUCUGGAAAACCGCCCCAUUAUCUUAUCAUUUCAAAAACAUUAAAUUAAUGCUGCAAUAUUAUUUUUGUUGAUUGGUAGCAUUAUGUAUCUGAUGAAAUUGAUAAAUUCGAUAUUUUUAUCUAAUCAGAAUCAAAUUGCAUGCAACUUUGCAAAUCUCACUUCUUUAUUAGGACGUUCUUACUACUUUUUUAACCCAAAUGACUGAAAAUUCAGAAAAAAGUAGUUCUUUCACGUUCAGUUUGACAAAAACACAUUUACUACAGCAUCUUAUGAAAAGAAACCUAUAAUUUUUUUAAAACAUUUUUACAAGCAGUAAUUGUAGUUUUGUCUUUCUUGUAAACCUGGUCAGCAGUAUUUACAGUCCGGAAGCGUGUGAUUAUACGCUCGUGCUGUGUGUUUAUUAUGUCUCUGGUAUUUCACAGGUUUUUUUACAUUUUUACAUAAGCACACAGUUAUCUCUUUAAAAAAAAAGAUAUCUAACCUGGGAUAGCCACAUGGCCAUCUACACCCUCUCACUCACAUCUGUCUGGCACACAGGGCUUGCCAUCUGAUUACACAAACAUUCUUUAUUCCUCACACCCUUGACUGGUAUCUGGUGAAGCUUUUAUACGUGAAAUGAAUCAGAAGUGGGUUCCAGUGAUCUCUGUUUAACCGAUAUCUGUCCAUCUGUCUGUGAUCAUCACUUCCCACAGGAUCCGACCCUUUGCUUUCCCUGUUCUCCUGCACGGACAUGUUGAGGUCUUGACUAGAAUACAGUCACUUCCGAGAUAUGUAGAAUAGAUGUUACUUUGUAGUCAUGUGGGAACUCGUUGAUGCACAAAAGCAAGCACAAAACUAAAAAUUUAAUUUUGAGUGAAUUUGUGAAAUUUGUAAAUGCAUUUUCAAUUUUGUUUAUAGAUUUAUAUACACGACUCAACACUUUUUCUCAUUCUACAAACAUUAUUUCUGGCCCCAGCAACCCUUAAAAUAUUUUUUAAAUAUGUAUUGUAUACGAUAUAAAACAUUCAUUGGCCCAUUUUUAUUGUUGAUCCAUUUUUUUCUUUGUGUUAAGAUAAAGUGAAAGCAAGUUGAAAUAUGUAAACAGACGGCAAACAGUCCAGCGCUAUGAUGUGAAUUACAAAACCCUUAAGCCUCUGCAUUAACUAUAUUGAAUUACAUAAUAAAAUGAUGAUUUGUCCCAUUCUUCCUGUUAUUUUAGUCCUCCGUCUCUCAUUAUAGUCUUCAAGUCAGAUUUGUCCGUCAUAAGGGUUUACACAUGUUUCCAUUGUGUUUGUAACAUGGACAUUUCACAGUUCUGUUUGCUAUGGAGAUUAAUGAAUAAUUGAGCUUGUGUUUUUUUUCUGGUUUGUUCUAAAGUCUGUUUGGAAAAUGAUGUCCCUCCUAGUCUCAUUUUCUUUAAUUAUCUGCCCUUCACACCCAGUGUUUUUGGAUCUCAUAUCUGUGUUUUACUUGUUCCACUUUCACAGAGAUCUGCAUCCAGAAGUUGAUUCUCUUCGGGGAGAUCAUUCAGCAAAGUGACAAGCCAAACCAGACACGAACAGAUCAGAGGAUCAGUGGAAAGGAUUAAGGUGAUUGAGACAGAUGUCGUCGACGGAUGAAGAGCCGCAGGUGCAGGAGGUGAGGUACAGCCUAAAGACACUGAGAGAGCAAAUGGCAGCCAGACAGAACAAUAAUAACAACAAUAAGUUCCCAUCCAACGGACACAAGGUCAACACUGUCAUCAGUAAACCUCACGGCACCAAUGGCAUGGUGAACGGAUUCUUCUCUAAAUGUCAGGGCAAAGAAGAUGAAGACAACUGCGUGACCCUGAGAGAGGUCAUCAAACAUCUGUACACUCGUCUGCAAGAGAUGGAACAAAGACAUCAGGAAGAGAAAGAGAGACUGCAGGAAGAGAACCGUGAAAUUCAACAGCGCUGUUUGGAAGAGCACAACAAUCGUGUGCAGAGGGCUGAAACGAGAGCAGAAGAACAGAGUCGAAACAUGGAAGACAUGCAGAAGCGUAUGAGUUCUUUGGAGCUGGAAAAUGUCAAGCUACGGGAAAAAUUGGCCGCUAGUGAACUUGAAAAACAGCAGGGAAUGAAAAAAGUAGAUUCUGAGAACAGGUGUGUGCAGCUGGAGGAGGAGCUGGCGACUGUGAAGAAUAAAAACCACAACUUAAAUGACAUGCUCACAAGUAUACAGAAGAAAAUUAAAAACAUGAUCGAACAGGUGCAAAACUCCCGAACCAUCAUCGAACAAAGAAACAGAAUGAUCAAUGACCUUACAGAAAGAGUUUCAUUUCUUGAAGCUGAGAACAGAGAGAUGCAUGAUCGGAUGGAGUUUUAUCGUGAAAAUCAAGUGCCUACAUCUUAUAACUCAGACACAGGAUCCAAAGUUGUCUACAGCAAACCUCUAAUACCUACAAGCCCGGGAAACAAGUCUUUGCCCUUCAUUAAAGUGAUCGAGACAAAGUCUUGAAUUAAUCUGACGGAAGAUGACAUUAAAUGAAAAACACCCCUGUGGAAGAAGCUCUUUGUUAUGCACAUAUACAGUAUGAGCAGCAUUUUACCUUUCUGUAUGUAUAUACAUGUAUGUCUUUUACCUGAAAUGUGUUGCAUUGGGUAUAAUAAAUGGUCGUGGAAGUGUUUGUGAAAUUGUGUUUCUACAAAAUCUGUCAAUAUUUCUGUUUCAACAUGUACAUAUAAAAUAAGAUAAUGUAACCAAACCUUUGACUGAUCUAGUAGUUUAUUCUGACUGACAGCUGGUUUCAUUCAGCGUGAUGAAGCUGGAAUCAGAUUUAUUUAUCCUAGAUAUGUUAUUUAUAUUAUCGUACAUACCGAUAUUUCACAGUGCUACUUAUGAACCUAUGUAUAUACAUAAACACUAGUGAAUAAUUCAUUGAACCUUGCAAACCUGCCUUUUCCUGUAUUUGUAUUGUAUUAACAUUACUGGUGUUGUAAAGAAUGAAUUUAUAUGUUACUGAAUUAAGUGCGAGAACUUACCUUUUAUCCAUUUGUUAUUAAAUGUGAAUGUUGUUCUUGUAGAUGGAAUUGUAGUACUUUGCACUUUUCUCUAUCUGUACCUCAAGGGCUAAUAAAUAAAACUAUUUAAGAUUAAUCACA